CACUGCCGCGCGAGCUGCUGUCUGUUUAACGGUCGCCGAGCUCGCGGCCUGAGCUCCUCAUAGUCGAGCAGCGGCGCCAACGCGGCCGACAUGUCACCCUAGAGUCAGGGCGGGGACGCACAGCAACUGUCAUGAAGUGGGCUCCUAUAGAGUGAUAGAAUUAGACAGAAUGGAAACAGGCCCUUCGGUCCAUGGCGACCUAUCAGACCCAUAUUUGUGCCUUUGAAGCACAAUACAAAAACUCUGGGGCCACAUCAAUGUGGGCUUCAUGUUGUGGUUUAAUAAAUGAGGUAAUGGGUACUGGAACUGUACGCGGCCAGCAACCUGCAUUCGGUGGAGGUACAGGGCCAUUCAGGUUUGCCCACAGCACCGGGUAUUCAUCAUAUCCCACACCAUCACCUGACGUUCCAAAUUUAGUCUGUGAAGAUUGUGGUCAGGCAUUUACUCGUUUUAGGAAAAAGUAUACAUGUAAGGAUUGCAAGAAGAAUUUCUGUACAUUCUGUUCGGUGAUGCAAGAAAACCUACGAAGAUGCUGUACAUGUGAAUUGCUACAACAAACUUCUUUCCAGCGUAAUGAGCUUAUGAAAUUAAAGGUGAAAAAUCUACGCCAGUACCUUAAUUUGAGAAACAUACCCAUUGACACCUGUUGUGAGAAGGAGGAUUUGGUACAACUUAUAUUGAGCCACCAUGGAUCAGGUGCUGAUGGUGUGGACACAGAGAGUAUACACUCGCAGAGUUCACAAUUUUAUACUACCACUUCCGCUGCUGCCUCAGCUUCUGCAGCGACGUUUUCUCAGGGGAUUUCAGCAAAUCAAAGACCGAGCUCAGGAACUUCAAACGUGCAACAGGUGAGAGAAGAUGCAUCAUUUUCAAUGGAUAGAAGAUCUGAAUCAGAACAAAGUCCGGCAAAUGGAAUGAGUGAUGACAAUCAGCCUAAAAAUACACGAGUCUCACUCUCAGACUUAUCCAAUACUGAUGAUGUUGAAGCGUUGACUGUUCGUCAACUGAAGGAAAUACUGGCACGCAAUUUUGUCAGUUAUUCGGGGUGUUGUGAAAAAUGGGAAUUGGUGGAAAGAGUGAUCAGGUUAUUCAAGGAAACAGAAGAAAACCGCAAAUUUUUGGAAAAUGAAAAUAAUCACGCUGAAGCUACUGUGGAAGAAAAGAUGCAGCUAGGGGGUGAUGAGAACCUCUGCAGAAUCUGUAUGGAUGCAGUGAUUGAUUGUGUGCUGCUGGAGUGUGGUCACAUGGUCACCUGCACCAAAUGUGGAAAGCGCAUGAAUGAAUGCCCUAUUUGUCGUCAAUAUGUUGUGCGGGCAGUGCACGUCUUUAAGUCUUAACUACAGUGGUAUUUGAUUGAUCAGGAUUAUAACUUCCUUGUUAAGAUACAUGAAAUUCAAUUUGAAAAUUAUUCUGACUGUAUUAAUGAUACUAGUUUGUUGUGGCUACUUUGGAUGGUGUAGAAGAACAGAAUUUCUUUUUAUUUACUAAUAGCUAUCAUUGGCCUAUUACUGAAGCCUUAAAUCAGUGUAAAAUACAACAUAUGUUUAAAUGCAAAAAAUGCCAAUUACUUAAGCCUGUUAAGAUUAAUCAAAGGUAGGAUCCAGACAAAAUGAAGGAUAUGCUGGAAAACAAAUUGCAAACUCUAUUUUAAACUUUUCCUAUCACUUUUAUAAGUCUCAAAACUUUUACCAUUUAGUGGAUUAUCAUUAUAUAGUUGUUGUGCUUACAAGCCAUUACUUAAUAGUGUGCGUGCUGGAUAUGAAUUGAGCAUUUAGUAGUGCCCAACCUGUCCACGGUGAUGUCUGGACAGAAAGGAAAUUGAAUGAUCUUGUAUCAUUGCCUGCCAACAGCCUUGUUAUAGUUUUUCAUUUUUGCUUUGUAUAUUUUGUAUGUUUUUGAAAUUCACAUAUGCAAUUUGACUAAUAAAAAAUUUAAUUUAACAGAG